AUGACUGAUUCACAGGACUCGCAUACACAAGAUGCCUCCAUCGUAGAAGACUUGGAGGCAAAUACUGCGGUUGCUGAUCACGAUCAGGUGCGUCGAGUGAUGUUUCAACUGCCGAAUCCGAAUAGCGAUGCCGAUGGUGGUGAGAUCCCACACAUCCAAAGUCCGCACGUUGAACGAUACAGGGAACGAGGCCAAAGCAUCAGGAGCACUAUUUCGCAGUGGCGAUGUCCUGAGGAGCUGGAAAAAAUGCCGCUCUAUGUUCAGAGGGCCUUUCGGGUGAAGACCUUUGGCCUUCUUGCACUUCAGCAAGGAGCUUGCUUUGGGAUCGUCCUGGCGCUGCACAUCCUUUUGCACUCAAAGGGAAAACCACUCCAGAAAACUACGUUGCUGGAGGGCAUCUACUACGGUUUGAGCCUGGUGGAUAUGCUGUGCUUGAUGCAUCUCUGGAUGGUGAGAAACAGAUACCCCACAAACUAUGUCGUCAUGCUGGUGAUGACUUGUUUGUCAGGUUUACUUUGGGGUCUCACUGAAACAGUGCUCAUGACCACCAUGCAUUUGCAGCUGGUGGCUGCCUCAACUGUCACCUUUGCCAUCGCUGCGCUUUCAUGUGCAGUCUUGACACGUGACGGUUCCUGGUGCCCAAAAUCAAGAGUCGUCCCAGUCGCUCUCUCAUUUGGAUGGACUGUUGGGACUGCUUUGGUGGUGGUACUUUCUAUGCAGUUGCACGUGGAAAGGAUGUGGGAAUCCAUGAUUGCCUGUGGCUUUGUCGCUUUGCUCUUGGUUGUGUUGAUGUUUGAGGCAAGGCAGACCUUGAUUGUUGGCAACCCCGAUGAUUUCAUGCUGACUCUUGUGAUUCUCAAUGCCAGUAUGCUAUGCGUGGUCUCCAUUCCGUUUUUUGUGAUCCUCUACGGCUUUUUGUAUGUCAAUCGUGAGGAGGAGUACGUUGUGGAUGCUCCAGCAGACGCUAUAGAUCAGGCUCCGCCUCCAAUUUGA